AAACACAAGUAACAACCCCCCAAAACGACGAAUUAUCGAACCAAAACGACACAUUGUUUCAGAACUUCACGUUACGCUUAUUCCCUCAUAUCUGCAGUUUCUUCUCCUCCAAAAUUCUGAUCUCUCGCCAUCGCCGGAGAAACCAAAAGCCACUCACAAUUCUCUCUCCUCCAUUUUCAUAUUACAAAAGAACCGAAUUUUUCCGGUGAAUCCUCGCAAAAGUCCGAAUCUACAUAUCUCCUUCUUCAUUCGAUUCCUGCAACAAAUUUUCAGCAUCCAGAUCUGAGUGCGAACGGGAGCACCAUUUCAACGUGGCAACCUUGAUUUGAGGGUUCUAAGCUGAUUUCGGAGAAAUGGUGUAUGAUAAGUUCUGACGAAUGACGACUGCUUUGGGUUCAAUUGUUGAGUUUUGAGCAAUUGUGUAUGUCUGGGUGAUGGCUUAAGCAGAGAAAGUUUGAGAAUUUUGGGGUUUUGAUUUGCUUAAGGAAUUUUUGGCAUUUUUUUUGGAGGAUUUUUUUUGAAAAGUUUUCUGAGUAGUAGUAAUUGUUGUUAUUAUUCUUCUUAUUGUUAAUUGUUUUGAAACAAAAUAAGCUUAUUCAAACAAGCACCAUGUUCUAUGGUGCGGUGGUAUGGGAUCCUUGGCUCAUUGUUGCUCAGAUUGUGUGUCUGCAAUGCUUGUACUAUAUAACUCUGGGAAUCUUAUUGUCCUUGCUUGUUGGAACUCGCGUGUCUCGGCUGAGCCUAGUGUAUUUCUUUGACUAUGCUACCAUCACUACCUCCACGGUUACCGGUUGGUGUGUUAUUGCUGCGAUUCUGAUCAGCUCAGUUGCAGGGGCCAUAUAUAUGCUUUAUUUGAUUGAAAGAGCAAAAAAGUGCUUGGAUUUUUCAGCCACUCUCUACAUCAUUCAUCUUUUCAUAUGCAUUGUAUAUGGAGGCUGGCCCUCUUCUAUAACAUGGUGGAUUGUGAAUGGUACGGGACUUGCAGCGAUGGCUUUACUAGGUGAAUACCUGUGCAUCAGGCGUGAACUCCGGGAGAUACCUAUAACACGAUAUCGUUCAAAUGUUUGAUUAGCUGAAGUUACUUGAGUAAUGAAUUUAAGAAAGGAGUUACAUCACAUGAUCGUGACAGCUUUUGUUUCUAUACAUCUGGCAAUCAGCAAGAUUAAGCCCUGCAAAGUUCAUAUUUCUAUCAUGCCACUGAAGGAUCUUCAUUUCAUUUCUAUUCUUUAGUUGCCACAGAGAGUUCAAACCUAGAUAACCAAUGAGUAUAGGUACAUCAUUCUUCAGAAAUUUCUGAAAUCCGUAAUGUAAGUUCUUGUUUCUCCCCCCCUUUUUAGUUUCAGUUAAGGUGAGGUGAUGUGUUUAGUCGAUAGGGCUUCUAUUCGUGUCACCCUGUUUAUGAGUUCUGAGACCUGUUUCAAUCUUGCAAAUAUAUGUUAAAUGUGCCAUUACUUUUAA